UAUCCCUAAUAACGUUAACACUUCUCUUUUUGUAAUUUCUAUAGCUUUGUCGUAUCCUUGGUGACUGAGUUUUGGUCGGUUUACCUACCUUGGCAUGUUUACCGCAAAACUUUGACGAAAUGCUGUAGGACAUGACCUGCAGUUGAUGAACAAAACUUCUGGUCUGCCUGCGUGCCUGCACUUAGCGAACUAGAGAGAUGGACAUGUCUAUCCCGAGCUGGAUUUAGGCAGGCUGCCAGCAAGGUGGCUUACGUAUACUGCUUAACAAUUAAUCGGCAGCAUGACUGUCACUACCACAAUUGAAACGGCGUCAACAGCCGUAGACAAUGUCCAGCUGGACCAGCCGGCAUGCCUCGAUCCUGCUACGCAUACGUUAACCCCGGAGCGAUCAUCAGAUGGGUCAACAAACCGGGACGAGCUUGCGGACGUGGGCGAGCACACCGACUUGGAGUCCACGCAUUCCCAGACGUCAUCGUCACCCAAGAAGAACAGAUACCUAAUAGACCCUGCACGGGACGCAAAAUUUAACAAGGCGUUGGCGCCGUACGUGGAUAAGGCCUACUGGUGCAAUGAGAGGGCCUUGCAAAUCACUCGGGAGUACCUCUCGGCGCACCCGCCACCAGAAGACGAGUCCGACCUGCCUGCCUACAUCUCCUCCCACCUGCGCGACCUGCAGCGGGUCACCUCCCGCUGGGCGGGCUGUGUGGGCGGCGCGCUGGACACCCUGGCGCACCAGCUGGCGGUGGACGAGCGGCUGGAGCGUCAGCGCCACGGCGAGGAGGGGCGCCACUGGGAGGCCCAACCGCCCGGGGAGUACCUCAUCAAGG